AUGAUAGUCAAAUCUCUAUUUUGUUCAGUUCUGUUUCUUCAAACUACUCUAAUUGUAAAAGGUAGGUGAAAAAAUGAAAGAAGUCCUUGGUUAGUUAAAGAAGGUACUAUUCUACUAGACUUCAGUAUACUGCGUUGAUUUUUCUUACAAGCGUCGAUUACGCUGGCAAAACUUGUCAUUGCGUUGUUCCAUAAGACAAGAAAGUUUGCUCCACUUUCCCUCUUAAACCCACCCAUUGGGGUACCCAAAUCAUAAUGCAUGCUAGGGGUAACCUUUUAAAUGGAGUAUUAUCAUCCCCAGAGGGAGUGGUGAAUGCAGCAAAUUUUAUUGUUUUAUGAUACUGACUCAAAUGGAACACGCUUUGGCCGUAUUGGCCUCACUGGCCUGAAGCACGCUUGUUUCGUUAACUUUACCUCGCUAAAAUAGUUUUACAAGCAUAAACCCACUUGGGAUGUUUCUAGCAAGCCUCCAGCAAAAUGACAUACAGCAAAAGCACUUCCAAAUUAUAAAUUAAAAUAUUUUUUGCGGAUUUAUUUGCAGCAUAGUCGUCGCAUUUACCGGCUAUAGUUUUCUUUUGCUUCUGAGCUUAAAAACCAAAAAUUUUCCAACAGGAAAAGCGUCGGUUAUACUUGAGUGUUUCAAGUGAAUCGAUCCUUAAUGCUACGUUCAUGAAAAAAUCAACUAAAAAUUGAAUAAUUAUAGACCAAAACUGAACGAAUUAUUUCUGUAUCUAGGUUGUUCAAACUGCGAGUGUGAUGAAGGAGGAGCUCUUUCGUCCUGUCAGGUGCCUCAAUGUAAACCUAAUCAUGACCUCCUCAUAGAAGAAACCAGCUGCGAUGCAAGGGGCUUGAAGUGCUGUAGAAUGACGUGCGAUGGUCCUGGAACAAUGUGCUUACCGGAUAAAGAACCUAAUGCCGAUUUAGGGCAGAAAUCGUGCAAAGAAGGCUACAAAUGUGUCACUGCUCCGUCUCGUUUGAAAAGAAGACUCCUGAUUUCCUGA